GCAAAACGCAGAGAGAGUGAAACGUCGAACGACCCCUUCUCCGCCUCCAUAAUCGAUAAUUCUCCGCGUCUUUGCAGCGAUUCCUUCGAAAUUCUCUGUCUCCUUCGACCGUGCGUUGCAGCUCUCGUCGCAUUUCAUCGCAAUUCAUCUCCAGUCCCUGAGAAUUUUGAUUUUCGCUGGAAUUUCCUCUGUUUGCCGAUGAUCAGAGUGCUUCUUCCCCAAUCUAUCCUCUUUUCGGAGAUCUGAGAACCUGAUUUCGUUUACUAUCAAAAUUCCCAGAAACUAGGUAUCACAAGCAUCCCUGGAGGUGAAUUUUGACUCCCUCAAUUUUGCAGCCAUGAAGCGGAUACGAGACGGCUCCGGGUCUCAAUUUCGACGCACUUUGGGCUCUUCUCGAGGCGAAUUAUACGGACAAUCUCCGGUCCCUGGCAGUGGUGACACUGAAGCUGGAAGAGGAGAGGGAGGGAGAAUCGCUAGUGGAGACGUUACCUCUCAGAAACUAACAACCAAUGAUGCCUUGUCGUACCUCAAGGAUGUUAAGGACAUGUUUCAUGAUCAACGGGAGACAUAUGACAGGUUUCUUGAGGUUAUGAAAGAUUUUAAAGCUCUAAGGAUCGACACACGCGGUGUGAUUGCCCGAGUUAAGGAGUUGUUCAAGGGACAUAACCAUUUGAUAUACGGAUUUAACACCUUCUUGCCUAAAGAAUUUGAAAUUACGCUUAUUGAGGAAGACGAAGCCCCGCCUAAGACGACUGUUGAAUUUGAAGAAGCUAUUAAUUUUGUGAAUAAAAUUAAGACUCGAUUCAAGCACGAUGAACACGUCUAUAAAUCUUUCUUGGGUAUCUUGAAUAUGUACCGAAAGGAGAAGAAGGGAAUUAGUGAGGUUUACAAUGAGGUAUCUAUCCUUUUUGAGGGUCACUCGGAUUUGCUUGAAGAGUUUACUAGGUUUUUGCCAGCGUCUUUGCCAUCUCAUUCAGCAGCGCAGCAUAGCCGGAGUCAGGCCCAACGCUACAAUGACCCAAGAUCAGGCCCUCCCCUAAUUCGUCAAAUGCAAGUGGAGAAGGAACGCCGACGAGAAAGGGCUGUAACUUCCCGCAGUGAUUAUAGUGCUGAUCAUAAUGACCUUUGUGAUGAUAAAACGGUGGUCAAGAUGCAAAGAGAGCAGCGGAAGCUUGCUGAUAAGGAGAACAGAGAAAGGAGAGGCCGUGUUCUCGACGAAAGAGAAGCAGAUCAAGAUAACUUGGACCAUUUCCCAGAGAAAAGAAAGUCUUCGAGAAGAGCGGAAGGUCCUGAAGCAUAUUCUGGUUCUGCUUCGCAUACUGAGAAAGACAAUUUGAAAAGCAUGUACAACGAAGCAUUUGUUUUCUGUGAGAAAGUCAAGGAGAGAUUAUGCAGCCAAGAUGAUUAUCAGACGUUCUUGAAGUGCCUCAAUAUAUUUAGCAAUGGAAUUAUCCAAACCAAGCAACUGCAGAAUUUGGUUUCUGAUCUUCUUGGGAAAUACCCUGAUCUCAUGGAUGAGUUCACUCAGUUCUUUGAGCGUUGUGAAAGUAUUGGUAUUCAAAAUGGAUUUCAACACCUUGCUGGUGCUAUGAGCAAAAAAUCAUUUAGUAGCGACGAACAGGCAUCCAGGUCAAUGGAGGUGGAAGAAAAGGAAAGAGAACACAAGCCUGACCUCGAGGUUGUUAAUGAAACAGAGCAAUAUAAGGAGUACGUUGGAAAAUCUAUUCAAGAGCUUGAUCUAUCUAAUUGCGAGUGUUGCACUCCUAGCUACCGACUACUGCCUUCGGAUUAUCCGGUACGAACUGCCAGUCAGAGGUCGGAGCUAGGAUCUGAAGUUUUAAAUGAUCGCUGGGUGUCUGUCACUUCAGGAAGUGAAGAUUAUUCUUUUAAGCACAUGCGCAGAAACCCAUAUGAAGAGAUCUUGUUCAGAUGCGAAGAUGAUAGAUUUGAGUUGGACAUGCUUUUGGAAUCUGUGAGUUCUGCGGUCAGAAGUGCUGAAAAUUUGUUGAACAUCAUCACAGAGAAGAAAAUUACUUUCUCUGGCUCCUUCAGGAUCGAAGAUCACUUCACGGCCCUGAACUUAAGGUGUAUUGAGCGACUUUAUGGCGAGCAUGGUCUUGACGUGAUAGACAUAUUACAUAAGAAUCCAGCCACUGCACUUCCUGUAAUCUUAACUCGUUUGAAGCAGAAACAAGAUGAAUGGAAGAAAUGCCGUGAUGAUUUUGAUAAGAUCUGGGCAAAGGUAUAUGCGAAAAACCAUUACAAAUCACUUGAUCAUCGCAGUUUCUACUUCAAGCAACAAGAUUCAAAGAACUCGAGUGCCAAAUCAUUGGUGGCUGAAAUUAAGGAGCUAAAAGAGAAGACUCAGAAUGAGGAUGAUAUUCUGCUGUCUAUUUCUGCUGGUUACAGGCAACCCAUAAAUCCUAAUCUUGACUACGAGUAUUUCAGCCGAGAUAUUCAUGAAGACCUGUACAAACUAGUCCAUUUUUCAUGCGAGGAGUUAUGCUCUACAAAAGAACAGCUCAGCAAAGUUCUGAGGCUUUGGGAAAAUUUCCUUGAGCCAGUGCUGGGCGUUCCUCCCAGGGCCAAGGGCACAGAUCCUGUUGAAGAUGUUCCCAAGACUCUUGAUGUGAAUCACAGCACUUCGACUAAUGAGGAGGCUAAUGGGAGUUGUGGAGCAGACACAGCAACGCUAGCUUCCAGGAAACUAAUAUCUGUUGCCAACGGAGAUCAGAAUGCUUCGUCUGGGGCAUCCAAUCUUGGUGAGAUUGGUUUGUUAAAUAAGGAUUCGACAGGGAAAGAAGAUCUUCAAGAUGCUGAUACAGCCGACGGAGAUGGUGUUACCUCUUCUGCUGUAAAACUCCAAAAAGAACAUGAGACUGGAAAUAGAGCUGAUCAAAGAUCUGAAAUGCCGAUUCCAAUGGAUAUCAAUGAAAGAGCAUCCACCUCGAGUUUAUCAACCCCAAGUGGAGAAAACAAUCAUUGUGUACUAGAAAAGGAAGAUCUGGCAGGCUCACAUGAGAUUCAAGCCAAACCAAGCAACUCUUUGAGUGAUAUUCAUCGCAUUAAAACUUCUCCUUCGACCCAGGCAGGUGAUGUUGGCAAAUUAAUAGCUUUGGCAAGUGGAAUAAGAUCAGAUUCUUCUACGGAUAAUAUGAAUUCUGAUGAACCCGAAGGUCCGCUCACAUUUGAGAAGGAGGAAGGUGAACUCUCACCUAAUGGUGAUUUCGAAGACAACGUUGGUCUUCAUGAAGAUCUUGGGGUGAAGUCCACUUCUAAACCCGAAAAUUUAGCAGAUGCUGAAGUAGAGAAUGAGGAUGAGGAUAGUGAAAAUGCUUCAGAGGGUGGUGAAGAAUGUUCACAUGAUGAAAAUAGAGAGGAGGAAUCUGGUGAGCAUGAUGAGGUUGAUGGUAAAGCUGAGAGUGAGGGAGAAGCAGAGGAAGUGGACUCGCAUAUCUUAGCAGGAGACACUGAGCUGCUUCGCCAGUCCGAACGUGUUCUCUUGUCUGCCAGACCUCUUUCAAAGCAUGUAGCAGCGGUUUUACGCGACGGGAUGACUAAAGAUAUCCGAGUUUUCUAUGGGAAUGACGACUUUUAUGUCCUCUUUAGGCUUCAUCAAAUUCUUUAUGAGAGGAUUUUGUCUGCGAAAAGGAAUUGCUCAGGCGAUGAACUGAAAUCGAAAAACUCAAAGGAUACCGAUUCGCUAGAUCCUUAUGCGAGGUUUAUGAAGGGAUUGUAUGGUUUGCUUGAUGGAUCAGUUGAAAAUACUAAGUUUGAGGAUGAGUGCAGAGCUAUUUUCGGAAAUCAAUCAUAUGUGUUAUUCACGCUGAACAAAGUGAUAUACAAAUUGGUUAAACAGCUUCAAGCUGUUGUAGCCGAUGAGAUGGACAACAAGCUAAUUCAGUUGUACGAGUAUGAGAAAUCCCGGAAACCUGGAAGGGUUAUUAUUGACUCGGUGUAUUAUGAAAAUGCGAGGGUCCUCCUUCACGACGAAAAUGUUUACCGGUUGGAAUGUUCAUCCUCGCCAUCUCGUUUAUCGAUCCAACUUAUGGACAACAUAGUCGAGAAACCAGAACCAUAUGCAGUUUCUAUGGAUCCCAUGUUUGCAAGUUACUUACAAACUGAAUUUCUUUCCACCUCGCGAGAGAAAAAAGAGGAGGGACAUAACAUUUUGUUGCGAAGGAACCGGCGUCCAUACUCGGGCUUGGAUGAUCUUGAAGCACUCUGUAAAGCCAUGGAAGGUGUUGAAGUAGUAAAUGGCUUGGAGUGCAAGAUGUCUUGCUCUUCUUACAAGGUUUCGUACGUCUUGGACACAGAGGAUUUCUUCCACAGGAAGAAGAAGAAAAAGAAGAUCGAACACAUAUCGCAGCAGCGUAACAAAGAUAGAGUAGAAAGGUUCCAUAGGUUUCUCUCAGCUUCAAGAUGACAAUAACGAAUCUCCCUCUUGUGUUCUCUUACUCCAACAGCACACAGGAUAAAAGGUAAUACCGAGAAAAGUUAAUUCCCAAAUUUAGUCGUUCAAAUAUCUUAGUUUCCUGAUUAUAAGAUGAGAUGCACAAAGUGAAGAAGGAAACAAUAAGAUGUUACAAAUGUGUAAUCUUGUAUUUGGGUUUUAGGUUUUGAAGUGUCAAAAGUCUUUAGUGUGUAUACUCGUUUGAGGAGAUUGUUGUUGUUGUUGUAAAUAUGGCAACACAAUUGAAGAUGUGAAUGAACAACUUACAUAAUUAGACAA